UGGCUCAUAUUUGAACCCAUAAGGCAUGCGCGUCCUCCUCAGCUCGUCGAGUGUAGUUGGGUUUCUCUGAUUUUCCUGCGUUCUGCAGUUGCGCGCGAUGACUACCCAACCCGCUAAUACAAAGUCUGUGUACGAUUUUGUUGUCAAGGAUGCUAAGGGCAAUGAUGUUGACCUUGCUGCGUACAAUGGAAAAGUCCUGCUGAUCGUCAAUGUUGCUUCCAAAUGUGGCAUGACCAACUCAAACUAUAUGGAGUUGAAUCAAUUAUAUGAGAAGUAUAAAGAUAAAGGCCUGGAGAUACUGGCGUUUCCAUGCAAUCAGUUUGGUGAGGAAGAACCUGGUACCAAUGAUCAAAUUACAGAGUUUGUUUGCACUCGCUUCAAAUCAGAAUUUCCCAUCUUUGAUAAGAUUGAAGUGAAUGGUGAGAAUGCUGCUCCACUGUACAAGUUCUUGAAGACAGGCAAGUGGGGAAUUAUUGGGGAUGAUAUUCAGUGGAACUUCGCCAAGUUUCUAGUUGACAAGAACGGUCAAGCCGUAGAUCGCUAUUAUCCCACCACUUCCCCUCUUAGCCUUGAGGCAUCUUUGUGGUUUGGCAGCGAGACAUCAAAAAGCUACUUGGUAUCUUAUGAAUGCAAGGAUACAGCUUGAAAAGAGCCCAUGGUGAACUUAAGCUUGUAAACAAAUGUGAUGAUGGAUUCUCGGGUCGCCUGGAAAAGAGAGAAACAUGUUUAUUCCCGCACGCAGCAGUAUGAUGUUUAGUAGAUCAGUGCCUGGGUUCAAAUCCUUCGGCUAUAAGUGAUUAGUGCGUGUAGAAUUUUUAAUCAAGCUUAUAUUAA